UCCGAGCGGCCGAGAGGCUGCCGGGAACCGCCAUUUUCUUGCCGUGCGCCGGCGGCGGAGCGGUCCCCGCAGCCGGUGCCGGCGAGGAGAAGGACGCCGUGCGGAAUGUAAACAUUGGGAUUUGUUCUAAAGAUUGGUGGAAAAUAGAGAUGAAACCAGUAUCUGCUUUGAUUAAUCUAUUACCAAACUUGAUCUGGUUGGAUGCUAAUUUCUUAAGGAAAAACUAUUGAAAUCUGAAGGGAGACCCCUACUUAUGAAGAGAUGACGUGUAACGGCCCAGAAAACUCGGAAGCUUGUGCCACUCCAGACACUGGCCAUGACCAGGAAUGGGCACAGGAACGCUACCGAUUAGGAACUUUCGUUGGAUUUCCACUUGACUGUCCCGUUUCAGCAUCAGCACUAGCACGAGCUGGCUUUGUUUAUACUGGAGAAAGUGACAAAGUGAAGUGCUUCAGUUGCCAUAUAACUAUUGAAGGAUGGACGCUUGGGGAUUCUGCAGUUGAGAGGCACAAAAACCUUUCACCAAAUUGCAAAUUUAUUACUGAAUCUACUUUUCUGGAAAAUAGCAGACAUCCUCUCGCCCAGAACUAGCAUAGAACUGAAAAUGGUCCCAGCAAUUCAGCCCUCCCGUGUGCCCUGGAUGACCCAUCUGAUCUGGAGGCAGAUUAUCUUUUGAGAACUAGGCAGGUUGUGGAUAUGUCAGAUACUUUGUAUCCUAAAAUCCCUGCUAUGUGCAGUGAAGAGACAAGAUUAAAGUCUUUUCACAACUGGCCCCUCAAUGGGCAGUUGACACCAAAGGAAUUAGCUAACGCUGGAUUCUAUUAUACAGGUGUUGGUGAUCAAGUGGCGUGUUUUUGUUGUGGUGGAAAAUUGAAACAGUGGGAACCCAGUGACAGAGCUUGGUCAGAACACAGGAGGCAUUUUCCCAAAUGCUUUUUUGUCCUGGGCCGGGAUGUUGGAAAUGUUCCAAGUGAGUCUGUUUCUCCUGAGCUUGGGAGAAGUGGUCUGAAUGAUGCACAGCAUCCAAGGAAUCCAUCUAUGGCAGAAUAUGGAAGACGUUUACAAACAUUUUUAACUUGGAUAUAUCCUGUUGACAAGGAGCAGCUUGCUGAAGCUGGGUUCUAUAGCAUAGGUAACGGUGACCACGUUGUGUGUUUCCACUGUGGUGGAGGAUUGCAAGAAUGGAAGGAAAAUGAAGACCCAUGGGAUCAACAUGCCAAAUGGUUUCCCGGGUGCAGAUUUGUGAGAAAGGAAAAAGGGGUAGAAUUCAUAAAUAACGUUCACUUAAGAGAUGGAUGUAGGGAUUCAACAACAGAAGCUGCUGAAGGGACAAUACUUCCUAAAGAUCUCAGUACUGAAGAGAAGUUAAGACGCUUGCAGGAGGAAAAACUUUGUAAAAUCUGUAUGGCUCAAGACAUAUCAGUCGUCCUCAUUCCCUGUGGUCACCUCGUUGCCUGUAAGGGAUGCGCUGAAGCACUUCAUGAAUGCCCUCUGUGUCGUGCAAAUAUUAUGAAAAGACAGGAAGUUUUCAUGUAUUAGUGAAAUACACAGCAAUGUAAAUGUUCCCUACUUUAUUGCUUUAAAUACAUGUCAUGUACUGUAAAAAAUGCAGUUAAUUCCAAGAUGUAAUCAUGUGGCGGUAUUUAGAUUCUUCUGCUGUCAAACUCUCCAUACGUUUUAACAUCUUAAAAAUUAUUUUCCUGAAGUGAAUUUUUCAUAUGUAAAAACCAGUAUUAAAAGGCAAAUAUAUAUAUUCUGUAACUGCAAUUCAUAGACCUGAUGUGGGAAAGGCCAAGUAAUGCAAACCUUUA